AUGAACGGCGGCCCAUCUGGUUUCAACAACGCACCGGUGACAAGGACGAUAAUAAUUGCUAGCGCCCUUUUCACGAUCCUCUUUGGAAUUCGCGGUCGCUCCGGCAACAUCGGUUGGUCCUAUCAGGAUAUUUUCAAGAAACUUCAAAUAUGGAAGCUGAUAGUGUCAGUUUUUGCCUUUUUGUCUACACCAGAACUAGUUUUUGGAAUUUAUCUGCUGUAUUACUUUCGUGUAUUUGAGAGGCAAAUUGGUUCAAACAAAUAUUCUGUCUUUAUCUUGUUUUCAGUCUUCGCUGCUUUACUGCUUGAAGUCCUUGCACUAAAAUUACUCAAAGAUCCCUCCUUGACUGUACAAACAUCAGGACCCUAUGGUCUUAUAUUUUCUUCGUUUAUACCCUUCUAUUUCGACAUUCCAGUUUCAACAAGGUUUCGAGUGUUUAGCCUCCACUUUUCCGACAAGACUUUUAUUUAUUUAGCUGGUCUUCAGCUUCUUCUGUCAUCCUGGAAAAAAUCUCUGUUUCCUGGGAUCUGUGGUAUUCUUGCAGGUUCCCUGUAUCGCUUGAAUGUUCUUCACGUACGCAGGAUUAAGUUUCCCGAGUUUAUUACCUCAUUCUUUUCUCGACUUUCUUGGCCAUUCAUGGGGAGUACAUCACCCACUGCACCAGCUAGGAAUAUCCCGGGAAGUACCCCAUUCCAUGCAGGCCGCCAAGUGGAGGGGAACUAUCCUGCAUCCUUGUCGUCUACAAUAGAGCCACCGGAGGACUCGGUUGCCACACUGGUUUCAAUGGGGUUUGAGAGGAACUCAGCUAGGCAAGCACUGAUUCAUGCCAGAAAUGACAUUAAUGCAGCCACCAACAUUCUUCUCGAGUCACAAUCACAUUGA